GAUAAAAGGAAAAAGUAAAUUAAAAAAGUCACCAUCUCUGUCGAAUGGGUCUCCUUCCCGUCGUCGGAAUUACUUCGCCGGCGCUCAUCACCUGCAAAAGUCACGCCAAUCCAAAGAUACAGAGACUUAACCAAUCUACCUCCGAAACCACUGUUUCAUGGACUUCUCGUAUCACCCUCCUCACACGCAAUGGUCGAUUAGCAGAGGCAGCGAAGGAAUUCUCCGGUAUGAGGCUCUCCGGCGUAGAGCCUAACCACAUAACUUUCAUUGCUCUACUCUCCGGGUGUGGUGAUUUUCCUUCCGGAAGUGAAGCCUUGGGCGAUUUGCUUCAUGGGUAUGCUUCUAAACUUGGUCUUGAUAGAAACCAUGUCAUGGUUGGCACCGCAAUUAUCGGCAUGUACUCCAAACGCGGUCGUGUUAAGAAGGCUAGAUGUGUUUUUGAUUACAUGGAAGAUAAAAAUUCGGUUACUUGGAAUACAAUGAUCGAUGGGUACAUGAGAAGUGGUCAACUCGAUAACGCUGCUAAGAUGUUCGACAAAAUGCCUGAACGAGACUUGAUUUCUUGGACAGCUAUGAUAAAUGGGUUUGUUAAGAAAGGUUUUCACGAGGAAGCUUUGGCAUGGUUCCGUGAGAUGCAGAUUUCUGGAGUGAAACCAGAUUACGUUGCUAUUAUUGCUGCUCUUAACGCUUGCACAAACCUUGGUGCUCUCUCGUUUGGAUUAUGGGUACAUCGUUAUGUUAUGAGUCAGGAUUUCAAGAACAAUGUCAGGGUGAGUAAUUCACUGAUUGAUUUGUAUUGUCGAUGCGGGUGUGUGGAGUUUGCUCGACAAGUUUUUGACAAAAUGGAGAAACGAACUGUAGUUUCGUGGAAUUCUGUCAUUGUUGGUUUUGCCGCUAAUGGAAAUGCACAUGAAUCUUUAGUCUACUUCAGGAAAAUGCAAGAAGAAAGGUUUAAACCUGACGCAGUCACUUUCACCGGGGCGCUAACCGCAUGUAGCCAUGUAGGUCUAGUUGAAGAAGGUCUUCGAUAUUUCCAAAUUAUGAAAAGUGAUUACAGAAUCUCGCCUCGAAUUGAGCAUUAUGGAUGCUUAGUGGAUUUGUAUAGUCGGGCUGGGCGAUUGGAAGACGCUUUGAAGUUGGUACAGAGCAUGCCAAUGAAGCCAAAUGAAGUUGUGAUUGGAUCGUUGCUUGCAGCUUGCAGAAAUCAUGGGAACAAUACUGUCUUAGCAGAGAAGCUGAUGAAGCAUCUUACUGACCUGAAUGUCAAAAGCCAUUCAAAUUAUGUGAUUCUCUCGAAUAUGUAUGCGGCUGAUGGAAAAUGGGAAGGAGCAAGUAAGAUGAGAAGGAAGAUGAAGGGUCUCGGUCUAAAAAAGCAGCCUGGGUUUAGUUCGAUAGAGAUUGAUGAUUGCACGCAUGUGUUCAUGGCUGGUGACAGUGCCCAUGUUGAGACCACUAAUAUCUGCGAAGUCCUCAAGCUUAUUUCUUCUAAUUUGCGAUUACAGGGCUGUGUAGUUGAAACCCUUCCUGGUGAUCUCCUCAAUGCUUGAAAUCCAGGAACUUACACAUCCCAAUUUUUGCUCAAGUCCUGAGCUUGAUAUUAUACAUGUGAAAACUGAUUCAAAGUAAGUGACGGUGCAUCCAUUAGCUCAAAAUGGCUGACCACAAAGAAGCCUUAUCGUGGUCUUCGAGAUGAUGAAUUCUAGAAUAAACCUCACUACAUAAC